CACGUGUCUCUUUUCUCCUCUUUUUCUUUCUCUCUCUACUGCUGAAGCUGGUAAUGAUCUCUUUGCACCGAAGGUCUGAAACUUCCAUUUUCUCUCUCAACUCUCUCGCCUCCCAAACAGACCCUCCUACGGAACAUGUCAAAUCUACCUUCAGAACUCUACCGAAUCGGUUACGCUCUAACCUCCAAAAAGGAGCAAACCUUCAUACUGCCUUCCCUCCUUUCCCAUGCCCCUCAGAAAGGAAUUGUUUUAACCAAAGUCGACCCCAACAAACCUUUAAUCCAACAAGUACCGUUCGACUGCAUCAUCCACAAAUUGUACGGAUCAGAUUGGAAACAAAACCUCCAAGACUUUACUUCCCAAAACCCUAGCAUCCCCAUCAUUGACUCCCCAGAUUACAUCGAGGUUCUCCAGAACAGAAUUUCAAUGCUCGAAACCGUUUCGAAACUGAAAAUAACAAACUCCGGAGUCCCCAAACAAAUUGCCAUUACGGAAGUUACUGAUAUGGAAAAUUUGAAACUAACAUUUCCGUUAAUUGCGAAGCCGUUAGACGCAGACGGCAGCGAGACGUCCCAUAAAUUGCAUCUUAUCUUCGACAACGAAGGGUUAAAGAACUUAACAGCGCCGUUUGUCUUACAGGAGUUCGUUAAUCACGGCGGCGUCGUUUUUAAAGUCUACGUUGCGGGGAAAUAUUUUCGGUGCGUGAAACGGAAGUCGUUGCCGGAUAUUUCGGAGGAAAAAUUGGUAAAUUUGAAAGGUUCGUUGCCGUUUUCGCAGGUUUCGAAUUUAACUGCCGCCGGUGGCGGUGGCGGGGAAGGUUGUGAUUUUGAAAAGACGGAAAUGCCCCCGGAGAGUUUAGUGGAGGAGUUGGUGAAAGGGCUAAGGGAGGAAUUAAGGUUGAAUCUGUUUAAUUUUGAUGUGAUUAGGGAUGGUAGAAAUAAGGAUAAUUACUUAGUUAUUGAUAUUAAUUAUUUUCCGGGGUACGCCAAAAUGCCGGAUUUUGAGUCUGUCAUAACGGAUUUUCUGUUGGAUGUCGUGCGCAAAGAACAAAUAAGUGGUGAAGAUUGAGGAUCGACGGUGCCAAAUAUAGGCUGUUUUGUAGUAGGAAGAUCUACAAUCUCAUUGUUAAGCAUUGAAAUGACAGCAGAUAUAGUCGACUAUCUUUUGUUGAUUCUUCCACGCACAACAAUCCCAUGUGUAUGCAUCUCAAUAUUUCCUGACGAUGGCAUGGAUAAAAAACAACCUUAUCUAGUAAUGCCAAAAUGUUGUCUUCAUUCCACAACUGCCAUGCCUGAGAGUUGCAAAUAUUAUUGUAUAUAUUAAACUCUUUUGCCAUGAAAGCAAUAUCUACUGUGAGUUUGUUACUAAAACAAAGGCCAUGAUGAUCAUGUAAACUUACAUAUCUCAGAAGGCUGAAAGAAUGCUCGUUAUUAUUAUUUUUU